AUGGUGGUGGUUUACACAACGUACUGUGCUGCUGGGGGAGCUGCAGGCAUCUGCAGUCAUCUUCUCUACUUCAUCCGUGGCGAACAUCACAAGUAUGCUCAUCGAUGGUUUACCCGCGCUCUCGUUGGUAUCGCUAUCCUGGGUGUUGGUAUUCUGCGUCUGACUAAUUACCAACUGCUGCUUGCAUUCGCACUCACGGUCCUUACCUCAAUUUCGUUCUUUGUGGGACUUUAUGGCAGCAUCGGAUUGUAUCGCGUGUUAUUCCAUCCGUUGCGCAAAUUCAACGGACCCUGUUUAGCACGAUUAUCAAACUUCUAUCAUAUGUAUAUUAUUCGGAAGUCGGAUAAUUACCUUGUGAUGAAGAAGAUGCACGAGAAAUAUGGCCCAAUUGUCAGGACUGGCCCAGCGAACUUGUCCAUCAAUGAUCCGGCGGCCGUCGCGCUCGUUUUAAGCGAUAGGUCGAAAUGCUUCAAGGGGCCGUGGUAUGACCGGUCCCUGCCACUUGUGAACCUGCAUACUGUUCGUGACAAGAAGGUGCACGAUUCCCGGAGGAAGAUUUUUACCAAGGCGUUUAGUCCCACCGCUCUUCGCGAAUAUGAGGAGAGAGUGUACGUUCACUGUGAGGAAUUCGUGAGACAGAUGAUCCGUCUAAGCGGGAAGCCGUUUGAUGCAUCCGCAUGGUUCAAAUACUUCGCGUUCGAUGUCAUGGGCGAUUUGGGAUUGGGGAAAGAGUUCCACAUGAUGACUGAGGAGACGAAUCGUUGGAUCCCUGUCCUUCUCGAGACGAGUAUGGCACAUGUCGGCCCCACGAGUCCUAUCCCCUGGAUGGCACCUAUCCUGCACAAGAUGCCAUGGGCUGGAAGGGGUACAAGAAACUGGUUGGAGUUUGUCGGCUCGCAGGUCAAACAGCGUACGGAGAAGAAGUCCGAUAAGCGAGAUAUUUUGGCCCAUCUCAUUCAUGCUUAUGACCAGACCGAGAAGAAGGAUAGCGAUUUCCAGUGGCUACGCGGCGAUACUAGACUGACCAUUGUUGGCGGUUCCGACACCACUGCUGCAACUCUGACUUUCAUCUUCUACCACUUGGCCAAGGAUCCAUCGCAGGUCGAGAAGUUGCGAGCUGAGUUGGAGCCAUUGCUCAACGGCAAGCCCCGGCUCGAUCCCAAGGACGUGGCUAAAGCGCAUCAUCUCAACGGCAUAGUCCAAGAAGCUCUGCGUCUCCACCCCGCGAUCCCCUCGGGAUUCCCGCGAGUCACGCCCCCGGAGGGAGUAACAAUCAGCGGGACAUAUAUCCCUGGAGGGGCCACGAUUGUAAUCCCGGUGUAUGCCAUGCAGCGCGAUGAGGCUAACUACACACACGCGGAGGAAUUCAUCCCCGAACGGUGGUACUCGAAGCCGGAACUGAUCAAGAAUCGAGACGCGUUCCUGACUUGGAAUAUUGGCACAAACGGAUGUAUUGGCAGAGCACUGGCGCUGACGGAGAUGCGAGACCUCCUCACCUACUUCAUACACAGCUUCUCGGCUGUCAAGUUUGCCCCUGGAGAGGAUGGAACACCCCUAGUGACUGAGACAAAGGAUCAUUUUACUUUGGGAGUAGCGCCGUUGAACCUGAUUUUUGAGGAGAAGUAA